UGAACUAUGGAGGCGUUAAGCUGUUGAGAUUAAUUAGGUUUAUGGGGAGCUCCAUGUUUAGUUUUUUUUUUUUUUUGUGUGGAUAGACUUGUGAUAGUUCAUUGUGAUUUAUUAGGGUUUGCAGUGUUAUAAUUGUGCUUAAUGAUGUUUUGCAGAGGACAGGCUUCGGUGAAGCUGUGAUCUUUUGCCCAUUAAUCCGGCAAUGGCAGAUUCAGGAGAAUCUCAACAGCCUGAACAAGUAUGCAACUUUUUCAGAAAGCCAACUAAGGGGAAGAACAUCAGGAAGAGAGCAGUAGAAGACGAUGAUGCCGAGGAUCCAAAAACCGACAGCUCUUUCUUAAACAAUCAGAAUAAGGUGCCAAAGUCUGAUAACAAGCUAUACUUCUCAACAGGACCUUCCAAGAGCUCAAAGCCAUCUGAUUCCAACUCGGACAACAAUGAGAAAUCCAUCUUUCAGUUUCAGUCUUCAAAGGAAAUUCAGGUACAAAAUGACAGUAGGGCAACAGCAACUCUGGAAACCGAGACAGACUUUGGAAGAGAUGCAAGGGCAAUACGUGAAAGAGCUCUUAAGAAAGCAGAGGAGGAUCUGAAGGGUAACAAAAAGAUUUCUUCAGGCGGCAAUGAGAAGCUGUACAAAGGAAUUCAUGGGUAUACAGAUCACAAAGCUGGAUUUAGAAGAGAGCUAACGAUCGCAAGUGAGAAAGCUGGUGGAUCACAUGGGCCACUUAGGGCAUCUGCACACAUCAGGGUCUCAGCAAGGUUUGAUUAUCAGCCGGAUAUAUGUAAAGAUUACAAAGAGACCGGUUACUGUGGUUAUGGAGAUUCUUGCAAGUUUAUGCAUGAUCGAGGGGAUUACAAGUCUGGAUGGCAAAUGGAGAAGGAGUGGGAUGAGGCAGAGAAGGCAAGGAAGAGGAAAUUAGCUAUGGGUGCGUUGGCCAAGGAGGAAGGUGAAUUUGAUGAAGCCAAUGAUGAUGACGAUGAUGAUGACGAGGAUGCGCUGCCAUUUGCAUGUUUCAUUUGUAGGGAGCCUUUUGAAGAUCCUGUUGUGACCAAGUGCAAGCAUUACUUCUGUGAACAUUGUGCUCUAAAGCAUCAUUCCAAGAACAAGAAAUGCUUCGUCUGCAACAAGCCGACGCUGGGUAUUUUCAACACUGCUCAUGAAAUACGCUAGAGGAUGGCAGAGGCGAACAAAUGAUCAUGCUGGCUUGCUGCAGAUGCUGUAUCGGCUGAUCACUUUUUGAGUCCCUGACACGAGCUGUUGCAUCUUCCCGGCUCAUGACACUUCGAGCAAUUUCAUUUUAAGAGAGUUAUUAGUGAUCUAGUAGGACACCAUCGCAUUGCGAGUAUACCAUGUAAUCAAAAAGUUGAUCUGCAGGCGUCUGGAGUCCUUAUUUGCUUGUAUUUUGUAGACAGUUCUUUUCAUGUCUACAUUGAUACGAUUGCGAAUUUCAUCCUCC